GUUUGUCGCCCUCAACGUCAAUUAUUAGUAUUGCCGAGCAACCAAAAAAACUUUUCCAGUCAGAGCCAAAAAUUUCUUAAUUCUACUCGCUUCUCUGGAUGUGUUAAAAGAGACAGAGGACAUAACUGACUCGCCACGAUGAAUCCUCAACAUCAGAGGUCCCUGUCAAGUGCCAGCAUUGACAACAAAGCUUUCAGAGAGGCCAUCUCUAAGAUGCGGAAUGACGUCUUCGAGAGUAAGGCCGAGACGCAGAGAGUACGAGAUCAGCUCAACUGUCUUGUUAUGCUUGUGAAGAGGGCUUGGACUGGGGAUCAAGCAGCAGUUGUUCAUGUUUCUAAUAUUGUUGGUGCCCCUAUUCCAUCAUUCCUGAGGAGAAUGGAAGACGGUGAACUACAUGGGGAGUUUAAGAAUGCUGCCGUCCACCACUGGGCCGUGCUGAGCAUCGGUCUUCUCAACAGACACUACCAGCAGCUGGAAGCAGAGGGCCUGGCCUACGCUAAGGCCAGACUACAGCACAGACAGGAGUACCUGGACCAGCAGCUUCAGGCCCAUAGAGAGACCUUGAUGAAGGAGAAGAGACUGCUCAAGAAAAGGAUUCUGUCUGCAAAUGCCCAGCCAAGGCUGCCUGAACAGGUGUUUCAGCCAGCAAACAGUCGAGUGUACAGAGAUGAGAGUCACAGAGGAAACACAGAGAUGGCAGCACAUCCUGGUAAUUUGAUAGAAUUUCUCUAUCCAGGAAAAAAGAUUGGUCCUCAGCCUAAGCAGAAUAGAUUGGUCCAAAGAAGAUAUUCUCAGCCUGGCCUGUAUGAUAGCAGUGGUGUAGUGGAGAAACCCAAACGUCCAGUGAGUGCUAUCCAUCAACGCAAGACUGAUGCUGAGAGGGCAAGAGCCAGGAGUGCAGUUAAAACAGUGACUGUUAAAGGAGACAGGCCACUCAAGUACGAGACAACUCGUCCUGUUUCUGCCAAAAACAUCAGCACUACGUUCAUCACUGACCCCGCCCAUUCCUCCUCAAACAUGAACAACAGCCUCUCCAGGAAGCCUCGUGCUAAGAGUGCCAAGGCGUACAUUGGGCUCAACUCAAGAUCCCUCCAUAGCAACGAGCGCAGGUGCCCCGCCCCUACUCCCACUGGACAGGAUUAUGGUAGCCAUGACAACAACGAGCAUGCGGAGGACAUGGGUCAUGUGAGUCCUUUCAGGGACGGGGUGACCAGCGACCUUAAGAAGAUUGAACUCAUGGAGGAGGACUUCAGAAAGACAGCGACCAUGUUGCAACACAAACUGGGGAUAUCAAAUGGAGUAGUAUGAAGAUGAACAGUUUGACUAUUUUCCUAUGCUAAGGAAUGAGGACUUGUAUGUUUCCUUCUGAAAAUGUUCAGUUGGUUUUUUAUUUAAAGAUGCAUAGUCUGCAGCUGGUUGAACAUGUUUGUAUGAGUUCAUGCCUCGUAUUAUCCAAGCCUUCAUUCACAUGACAAAUGAAACUCAUGUCCAGCUCAGAGAUGCAUGAGCUCUUUGUCAAUCUGAUAUACUAUGUCCACCCUUUCUAUAUAAAUGACAUUUUCAAAAAUAUUAUGUAUUCAUAUCCAUGCUUUUUCUGAUGAAUAUUAAAAGAAAAUAUUAAGAAAGAUAAGUUCUAUUAUUGCUAAUGACCAUUGAUUCUUUACUAGACACAAGAUUUGAUGAAAGUAGACCUGUAGCUGCUGCACCCAUGUCAUGAACAAAUCCAUCAUUCAUCAAUGUAAUUGGGCUUUCAAAAAAAUACAUUUGUAAUUAUUUCUCUAUUAAACAUAAAAGUGUUUAUAAGUUGUUAUUCUUCCUGUACAUAGCAGGUAGCAGUAAUUACUUAACAGUGUUAUUUAGUCUACUAUACUCGUAUGAUGAUAGGCUUAACUAGAAGUUUUGUAUUUUGUCUUAGGUUACUUGUCGAGUGAUGUCCAUUGCAUUAUCUGCCUUACUGAAAGUAGCCUUAACAUUUAUACAGAAUUAUACUUGUUGUUAUAGUUAUAGCUGGAUGUUAUAGUUAAUAGUUAUAUUAAUGAAAUACAAGGGGCAAAAUGGUUUUAGUGUCAAUGAUUAAGAGGGGUUACUGUCAUCAUUUAGAGGGGUUAUAUGUACAUGUAUUUGCAUGGAUCAUUAUUCUGCAUUUAUUUGCCGUUAUGUACAUGUGUGGGGGGAAUCUUUGUGCAAUUUUGAUAUUCUAAGUUUGCUUUACUCCAACAAAUCGUUCCCACAGAUAUGAAUGAGAGUGACAAUAAAUGUUCAAGCUUUAAAUACAUAAAAGA